AUGGCUAGAUGUCUACGGUCGUCUGUCUCCACACCCAGUUCAUCAGGCUGGCCUAGUCCAAUUGGUGCGCUUCAGGGGAGGCUUGGACAAGAUAGAACUCCCAGGGCUGGCUGCCAUAAUUUCCUAACUAGAGACUUCAUCGAUUUACAAGACGUCAUUGACCCCAAUAUCAAUGCUUUCGAAUCUACUCAUAUGCCACCCGAAAUGAAAACCAUCUUUCAAUGUCAUCGUACAUAUGUGUCUGAAGUUGAGAUGUAUGAAGACGGUAUGCAAGUCGGGACUGAUAUGCUCUGUGACCACCGAAACACCAUACAAUGGCAUAUCAUGUCUCUGCUUCCAUCAACCCAGCUUGGCUCCUCGCACGCCAGCACUUAUCCUCUUUAUGAAGCAUGCCGACUUGCAUUGAUUAUUUUCGGAGUCGGAGUGACAUUUCCCCUUCCUCCGCAAAGCGCUCCAUUGGCGACACUCGGCCGAAUGUUGAAAAUAGAGCUACAGGCAUAUUACGAGGAAGCCAAAGAAGUUCCACCAUCAGCUCGCAGUCUAUAUGUGUGGAUACUGACUCUGGGGGUAUCGCCGCGACAGGUUCUUCAGAAAGAGAAUGGUUCGUAG